AUCGCAUUCAACAGUCGACAUCAAUUGAUCUGGACGGCUAUCAAUUAGUGUAUAGGUACUUGUGACUUUAGCCGUCGGGACAUGGUCAUAACCUCGCCUUACGACGAUCUACGGGAAUCGCCGACGAGCAUGCAACGUUGAAUGACAUCAGCACAACGGACGACCGUCAUUACUCGAUCGAGAUGUCGGGCUUCGGCAAGAUCGCUGCACUUGUAGGACUAUUCGCAGUCCUAUGGAAGACUGCAACGAUGAUGCCGUUCUGGUUGGUCGUCAUCUUCGCGCCGAUCUGGCUGGUGAUUGCAGGAAUAGGGGUGUUGGCGAUCAGCGUAGGGUUGAGGUGGUGGUAUGAUGAAGCUCUCGCCAAGCACGGUGCUCUACGACCUGUUCGUUCGAGACGGCGCAGGGAUACUAUCAAGUGGGAUACCAUUAGGGAAGAUUCUCAGGAUACUUUGGGCGAAAUGAGCAUCAGCGACAACCAUUCCACGAAGGCUUUAUUACGGAACGUCUUGCGUCUGGUUCAUCAAGACUUCAUUCUCCCCUGGUACUCUCGGAUCUCUUCCUCGCCCACUUUCCCGAAAGCUCUGGACAAGACAAUCCUAUCCUCCGUAGAGCGAUUCGAGGAAAAGUUUGAAAAGCUGGAUAUCCCGCACUUACUGGUCGCCAAGAUCCUACCUCAUAUGACCUCGCACAUGCAGGCGUAUCGACAGGUAGAACCUUUCCUCUUCCCUACCACCCGAUCAACAUCUUCUUCGCAGGCAACAGUAAACCCUGCCCCGAUCUUACAAUCACACAGAAAGACACCACUCCAUCCAGCUCUGCCGGCACCAGCUCUGGCCAACCCGAUGCCCAGCGUAGAAUCUCACCUGAAGCGCAAGGUUGAGCUACUGUUAAAGGUGGUCUUGCCCUCGGAAGAGAGGGGGAGCGAGACGGUCAUGAUCAUCGCACGAGAGGUCAUCACGUGUACGAUCUUGUUGCCGAUCGUGGAGAUGCUGGCGGAUCCGGAUUUCUGGAAUAGGAUGUUGGACCAGCAGGCUGAUAAGCAUAUGCAGGAGAGACAACAAGUGAACCAGCUACGGGCAGCUUUAGAGAGCGCUGCUUCUCAGCCAGCCGCGACCAUUCGUCAACGAACUUCGAUGCCCGCCAUGACCUCUGCAGAUCCCUCCUCACCCGUUAGAACUCCGAGAGCUACCAGAGCUCGACAAUCGGCUUCGAUCUCGAUGAACACGGACAGUCGAUCGUUCGAUGUUUUCCUCAAAAGUAUCAGCAAGAUACAGAAUAUCACCGAAGCCAAGAGGUUGAGGAACGAUGUUGAACGCGAGAUCAGGCAGGUGCAGGCGAGGUUGUCUGUAGAGCCGACGAGAGAGGUUGGGAAGAACAAAGACAAAGAGUCGAUGGCAAAGGCUAAGCAAAUGGAGGCCUACCUGCUUCGGUUGGAAUCUGCCAAGAGAAAAGUGGACAGGAAGAUUGGGAAGUUGUCGGGAACUUCACCUACGGCUGAUCAUAGUGGGCGGGGAGACGAAGGUCAGGUAGACGCUUCGGGGACCCCGCUGGCUCCGUCGUUGAGGGAUAUACUCACGAACCCCUCGCCGCUGAGCUUUUAUAUGGAAUUCAUGGACCGAAGGAAGCAGGCCCGAUUGGUUCAAUUCUGGCUCACCGUGGAGAGUUUCAAGAACCCGUUGGAAGAGGUCGACUCGUCUGACGACGAUGAGCAGCUGGUCUAUUCCAGACUGUCCUCGUCAAUGCAGCGACUAGAUGAAGCGGGGCUGAAUACCAUGCGGGAGGACGUGUCGAUGAUUUGGGCAAUGUUCCUGGAUCCCGCUACGGUGACCGAUGCGGUGCCAUUGCGUAGCAAACUGUUCGAGAGCAUACGAGCGGGAGCGACAGGCGAAUCUUCAGAGCCGAGCUUAUCUCCUGUGCUACUCGAUCAAGCCAGGAAGGCCACGUUCCGAGCUCAACGCGACAUCUACUCUGCGAUGUUGGAAGACCACUUUCCGGAGUUUAGGCAGACAGACCUCUACCGUAAAGCGGUGAUUGAUCUGAACAAGGCGGCGAAAAAAGGGUCUCGGGUGGUCCAGCUCGGAUCAAGGUCUUCGGAAGCGAUAUCGAACCCGCCAGAGAGCGCAUCGGCAAUGCUGCGCCAAGGGUCUUUAUCGCCGAUCAGUUCUGCAUCUCCUUUGCCGAAUACCUCUAGUCAAUCGAGAUGGCUCAAUCAAUUGGGCUUCGGAGGCAACAAGUCUAAAGGUGGGACGGGACCGCACAGUCCUGCCACGCCUGUGGCUGCGCGUUCCCGUCGUGCUCUAGCCUCGUUUCAACCCAGGGCAGGCAAAGCAGAUGACGGUCCGUCUCCUUUGACUCAGCCCAGAGAACUGCCUCGAGUCAGGUCUUGGUCGAUCGGACUUUCGAGUCGCAGUGGGAAUGGGGCUAUCAGUCCGACGCCCACACCAUCGCAGUCACUUCAUGCUCUCGGCUUUCUCAUCGGCGAUGAGACGCCGGAUGUAAACGGUGGUCGAUCAGCUCUUUUCGCUACCGAGGACGAUGACAAGAUGGAAUUAUCGCCGGAAACUGGAAGAGUCCCUUCAGAGCAAGACGACGAAUACGUACAGAUCCAACGGAUGGAGGCCAUCCAGGCCGCUCUCACAUCUAUCAUCGAUCGCGACGAUCAGUCUCGGGGGAUACCUAUCGCCGAGGAAACUCGACCCCGAGCUAGUAUGGACAGUAACAUAUACCCCAGGUCAAUCGGUAGUUUGGACGUCGCCAACUCGGAAGAUCAUUGGGAUCCGCUCGGGGCGGUACCGACGGAUUCGAUGUCUCCCGAUCUGCAUUCAGGCAAUCGCCAAUUCGUAGGAGAGACUGGCUCCCGAGCGAGUAUGGAAAGCCGUAGUCGCAGUUUACUAGCUCCUCAUCCCGCGGCGAGGCCUCGCAAGAUGUUUGAUAGCUCCGAAGACGCGCCGAUAUCUGGCGACUUGUUCAGAUCAGCGACGUCUAGCUCGGUUCCAGUGUUCUCUUCGCUAGAGAAACACGUCUCGUCAGACGUAACACCCUUGACAGUAUUAGACACUCGGCUGAGCUUGGAGAUUGCGCGACUCGGAGAGCUACUCGCCAAACUAGACGAGCAAGAUUUGAUACUUGACCAGAUGAUCAGGACGGCCGACUUGACAGGGAAAGAAAGCGAAUUGCAGCUUCUAUUGAGAUCUCAAAGCGAUCUCCGCCGGGAACUCAGGGCUACUCGGUUCCGAAAGAUGCAGUACGAACAGCAAGAGAUCGACUAUCGGUUGGAUUCCGAAAGAACAAAGUUGACGAUACCCAAUGCAACUGUUCUGGCAGAAGAGGCUGGCAAACAGAUCGUUCGUUACGUGGUAGAGAUCCAGCAGCAUUCGAUCGAGGGGGAAUUGUUGCAAGGAUGGGCCGUCGCUAGGCGAUACAACGAAUUCUGGGAUCUGCAACAUGCGCUCAAGGCUUCCCCGGCGGUCGGACCAGAACUCAAGGCUAGGAACUUGGACGUGCCGUCGAAGAAGCUGCUACCGACAUUGACUGACACUUUCGUUGAGGGUCGGAGGGUCGCGCUCGAGCGGUAUAUGCGGGGUCUCCUUCAAAUUCCGGCAGCUUGCGGCCAUCCCGCUCUGAAGAUUUUCUUGUCUCAGAGUCGUUUGGGUCUGUCGGGUGCAGUGAAAUCUCAAUCAACUCCGACCGGAACCGCGAGUUCCGUUCAAGGUAUGGAUUCAGGGCUAGCCUCGCCAAACCUGGUCCAGACCCUGUAUAAUCAGGUCACGUCAUCGCUAGACGACAUCUUCCUGAAACCUUCCAUGAUCGACGUCAUGGCGGAAAAGCUGAAUAGACAAGCGGUGGACAUGGCAGAGGCCUGGGAUGCGGGUGUCGCUCAGAUAGGCAACUAUGGACUCGAGCUCGGCAAUUCGGUUCUCAGUCCAUAUGCCUUGCGUGCCUUGAGGACACCUGCACAAGGUGUCGGCUCUGACGAGAAGGACGCAUUCCCAUUCCCGAGCGUCCAACCCCACACUUCGGUACGAGAUCAAGACCUCGACCGACACGAACCGACACAGCCACAAGCCAUCGUUGAAGAAACGAGUUUCACGACCCCAAUCACUGACUUCAUGGUGGAAGUCUUUGGCCUGAAGAACGGCGACUGGUUAAGAAAGCAAGCUCUUGUGAUUGUCAUACAACAGCUAUUGGGCAGUACAAUCGAACGAAAAGUACGCGACGGGAUCAGAACAGCCACUUCUGAAACAUCAUUUGGGCAUUACCUCGCGGCGUUUCAGAACUCCUUGUGGGAAGAGGGAAUUCGUCGGCCGUCAACCAAGCCGAGGACAGCCGCCGAGAAAUCCAAAUCGAAACUCAAUGCAGGCCGCAAGAUCCAAGCAUUCAUCCCAGAUGUCGCUGCGAAUAUGAUUGGACGACAUAACGCACAGAGAGCGGCUCGACAGGUCUUUGGGGCAAUGCAAAUCAGGUUAUUGAAUCUGCACAUCGUAUUAACUAUUCUAGACGAGAUCUUUGCAGCACUGCUAGAUGGUGAGACUACCGAGUAGUUGACUUCGCUGCGAAUUAUGACAAUUUCACGACUGCAUCAACGACAUCGACUUUGUAUCUCACAACACCCAUUAUACCCUUAAUGCUGUAUCCAUGGAUCCGUGCCUAUUAUGUGGUACCCACA